UCUUCUGCCAGAAAAUCCAGAAGGAGAGUGACUGGCCAUCAGUGUGUGACCUCAAGCCCUACAGCCCCAGCAAAUCAACCAUCAAAAUGGAUCAAAAGUUAAAAUGCAGGUUUUGGCAUUGCUUUGUUAAAGCCUGAACCCAAAUUUGGAUUGAGAUUCUCUGACAUGGCCAUAAAUAUGUAUUCAUCAUGUACAAAAAUCCUCUAAUGUGGCUAAACUAAACCGAUUCUGCAAAGAACAGUGGGCUAAAAUAUGUUUUUUUAAUUGCAUUAUAGUUAAAAACAUGCUUGUAAUAUCUGACAAAUUGCUUAUCCUGCCAAAAUGGAAGGAAUUAGUAGCUUGAGGUAGUAAAAACACAAGAUGUGCAAACCUCCCGUUAGAGGUAUAGGCUGGUUGCCCUUGAAGAAACAAGCAUGCUUCUUAGUUGUCGGUUAUAAACUAUCCAGCUCUUUGAAGGCACGUAAAGCAGCCAAACGCUUUUUUUUUCUUCAAAAAGAGGAGUGUUGGGUAAGUCAGGGGAAAUUUACUCAGCACAAUAGAAGAGGAAGUAUUUAGAAAAAAAAGCUUUGCAAUGCACGUACGUUCCUCAUAGAACAGGAAUAGGAAGUAUGAAGAGGACAGAGCAGAAAAAAACCCAAAUCCUCAUCUCAAAGCGACACAACUGCUCUCAGCGUGAACCACAGAAGUCUGCUUUGUUUUCUUCUCCCUCUACGAGCCCUCAGGUGCUUCUGAAGCUGCCGAGCGCUUUUCUUCGGUGGAAACUGCGUCUCUGUGGAAAUCGCUGGCGGAAAGUAAAAGGAUGAGCGACUCGCUGGAGAGGACGACGGACUGUCCGGUGCUGACACUCGCAGAUGGGUCCAGUCAGACAGAAGAGAAAGAGAAGCUGGGAGGCGCAAGCGAGCUAUGCUGGCAAGAUGGAGGCCUGGCUUUGGAGCUGCAGAGAGGGAUGGAAACCCUACGGGUGAACAGAGAGCUGACCGACGUGACCCUCUGUGUUCAAGGGCAAGACUUCCCGUGUCACAGGGCCAUUCUGGCUGCCGCCAGUCAGUAUUUCAGGGCCAUGUUUUGCAGUGGACUCAGGGAGACUCACGAGGAGCGUGUGGAGAUAAAAGGCUUGGACAGCGGGACCAUGCGUUCUCUCCUGGAGUACACCUACACCAGCCGAGCCCUCCUCACACACUCCAAUGUCCAGAGAAUACUGGAGGCUGCCAGCCAGUUUCAGUUCCUCCGUGUGGUUGAUGCCUGCGCAAGCUUUUUGAGCAACUCUAUUCAUCUAGAGACCUGUAUAGGUAUCCUUAAUCUGGCCGACAGCCAUGCUUUGCCCCAUCUGAGGUCCAGGGCCCAGGACUUCAUCACCUCUCAGUUCUCUCAGGUGGUCCAGCAGCCGGACUUCCUUGAGCUACCAGGCGAGUCUCUGGAGGCCAUCCUGCAAAGGGACGACCUCGACGUGAAGUGUGAGGAGUGCGUCUUUGUAGCUUUGAUGCGCUGGGUGAGAGCCAAGCAAGAUGACCGCUAUCCAUUACUGGCCAGCUUGCUCUCGCAUGUGCGGUUGCCACUGUUGGAGCCGUCAUACUUUGUGGAAAAAGUGGAGUCAGAUGAGCUCAUACGUCGCUGCACUGAGGCUUUUUAUUUGCUGCAAGAGGCCCGCAUUUAUCAUCUUUCUGGUAGAGAGGUGGUCUCCGAGCGAACCAAACCACGAGUGCAGCACUUUCUGUCUGAAGUUUUUUUGAUCAUUGGAGGAUGCACUAAAGACGAACGCUUUAUUUCCACUGUCACCUGCUUGGACCCUCUGAGACGGAGCCGGCUGGAGGUGGCCCGCCUGCCGAUGACAGAGAUGGAAGAUGAGUCCCAAAACAGGAAAUGGGUGGAGUUUUCUUGCAUCACUUUCCACAACGAAGUUUACAUAUCAGGUGGCAAGGAGACCCAAUACGAUGUUUGGAAAUAUAACGGCGCCCUAGACAAGUGGAUCCAAAUUGAGUCGCUGUCAAGUGGACGCUGGAGACACAAGAUGGCGGUUCAUGGCGGAAAAGUGUAUGCACUAGGUGGAUUUGAUGGGGUUCAGAGACUUGCUAGUGUGGAAGCCUAUGAUCCUUUCCACAAUCGCUGGAAACAGGUGACACCUCUCGCAGAGGGCGUCAGCUCCUUUGCUGCAGCAACCUUUGACAAAUGGAUCUAUGUGAUUGGUGGUGGCCCUAAUGGAAAACUAGCCACAGAUAAAGUUCAGUGCUGGGAACCAGGGACGGACAGCUGGGAACUACGGGCACCCAUCCCUAUAGAAACCAAAUGCACCAAUGCUGUUACAUUCAAGAACUGCAUCUACAUAGUUGGUGGGGCCAUGCACGCCAUGUACUGCUACUCCCCCCUGUCCGACUCCUGGUCCCUUGUGACCCGUCUGGGGGAGAGGGCCAGUUGCGCCAUCGCAGCCUGCAACAACAAACUUUUCAUCACAGGGGGACGGGACAACAAGAACCUGGUGAUCUCCACGGUGAUGUGCUGGGACGUGGAUCGAGGGGUGUUGACCGAGGAGUGCGUCCUGCCGAUGGGGGUGUCCCACCAUGGCAGUGUGACGCUUAUGAAGUCCUACACACACAUUCACAGAGUCACACCACCGUCAGAGUGUCAGUGACACAAGCCUCUGUGAAACCAGACUUUAUCUUUGCUACAGCGAGGAGCUACUUGAGACGACGCGGGAAAAAAUGUAGCUUUCUCAUUCACUUGCCACUUUACAAUGAGCUGUCACAGUGUUCAUACUAAUAUAAGCAGCGUAGUGAUUUUUUUAUUGCUCUACUCUUUGAUAACAUUUAGUUUGUUUAAAUAGUUCUUGAUUUUUCUGCUCUCUGAGAUAUGAACUAUGUUAAAAUGUGUUUUAAAUCACACUUCAGCAGUAAAAAUGCAUCUUAACACACUGAAUAUAAUUGAAAAGAAAAUAAUUUAGCAAUUCAAUUUAAAAGGCAAAAUUGACUUUCCUCUAAAACAAGGUUUUGGACCACUACAGUCAGAGUCCUUCUUGUCCAGUUACUGUUGAUUCUUUAACGUCUUCUACUACACAACAUAAUGUAGAACAAAGCUUUCAAAUAAGUUUACAAAAUAAAAACAAACAGUGUGUAACAGAAUUGAAUUACCUAAUUGCAUUGGUCCUUGACACCCCCCCCCCCC